AUGCCGUUGACCAAGGACGAAAAAGCCUGGGCGGUGGAGAAAUUGUCUUCCUUUGUCGAUCAUCAAAACAGGAAAGUAGUUGCUGAUUUCUGGCCUCCUCUGCGCGCUGCUUUCUUUUCGAGGUUCCCAUUGGUGACCGAAAUUAGUACUGAUGUAGACGCUGAGACUCGCGAAGCGUUAGGGCGGCAGAGUGAUGAGAAGUUCAAGGCGCUUAGAAACUUUCUCAACAACCACUCCCUUAACAAUAGUAGCCGAAAGUCUCGUGCUCAGGCCCGAGAAGCGGUAAAAAUCUACAUUGGCGGCUCUCAUUUGACUGCUACCAAGUCGAAAACGUCGAAUCGCCACCACAAGAAGCAAGAAAUCUAUUCUCGACUCUACUACAAUGCGGAAUGCAAGACUCAGGUUGACCUUGAAAUCACGAAUUUGGGCGAGUCAAUCUCUAGAAGUGAGAGGAUGAAGAUUCGCAAUAAGUAUAUUAACGCCGGAUGGGAAGCCGCUCAGCAGGAUCCAGUGAAGAUGGAAGCCAUAGAGGUCUUGGCGAAAUCUGAGAAGGAGGAAGUACCUCCAGCCGCUAUGCCGACCGUAGCAUCUGGCCAGCUCCGCCAAUUAAAGGGAAUGGAACAUGUUGAAUUUAUGCGCAAUCUGGACAUGACAAUCUCUGAGGUCUCUUUGAAGCUUGCGACACUCGGAGGACUUUGUACGAUGUUCAUCGCGGCAGGUUUGGAUCCUGAUAACAACAACAGUCUUCGUACCUACGGGUUUCAUGUUGGUCAUGAUAUUCAUGGUCAACCUUUUUACCGGGCACUCCCUGACUACAAGACGAGAGUUCUCCGACCAUUUCUAAAUUUUGCAGAACACGCACUAGCCGGGACCGUUGACUGGCUGAAAGAGAGUGCUCAGAGCACUCCUGAGACUGGACCGGCCCUCGUAUCUCCUGUCUCUGAGGAUGCCGCAGUUCCAUCAACUUCGACCCAACCUCCACCGGUUACGCCAUCCUCUGUGGCACCAGCAGAUUCAUCGACAGUUGUAUCUCCUUGUCCAGCAUCAGUCGAGUCCGACUCACCCGGUUUGCCAGCUGUACCCGCUUUUUCAGCAUCGCCUUCUGCCGCGGAUGCAGUACUCGCAGUGUCAGGCUUGUCAACUGCGAGUCCUGCUCCGGUUGUAAAUGCUGGUGCUCCAACUGCUGCUUUGUCUAAGGUGAAUCCCUCUGCGGGUUCUUCUGCAGUAGUCAGUAUUUCGGCUGUGACAUCAUCGGAUGUGGUCAAUUCUGCGCUUCUCCCUCAACCUCCGCCAGGUCCGAUAUCGUUGUCUAAUGCAUGCACAUCGUCUGAGAGCAUUGAAGCUCGGGCUACUUCGCCACUGCCAGUUUCAUCCCAGCCUACAGAAUCUUUUCCAUCCACUUUCCCCCAAAGUCUUCUGCCUCAACCAGAGCCGAUUGAAACCUUUGACCCAAAACGCAGUAUCUUGUCAAAUAUGACAGACCUUGAAUUUCAGGAACUCUCAGAUGCCGCUUUGCGCAAUGCCGAAGGAUUUUCUAACGAGGAUUGGGCUCAUUUGUGGAACAACGGUGCUUUCAAUCCUGAGACCAACUGUGAACAUCCCGCAAACACUGGCUCCCCUCUUCCUGAAGUCCCUACUCCCAAGGAGCAGUUUGAUUGCUCACACCUCUCAGCCUUUCCCGAUGAGCAGUGCGGCGAUUUCCCAUUCCUCCCGACCUUCCCCGAACAGCCGUCGAAUUUCUCCAGCUCCGAUAUGGUCACCAAUUCUAUAAAUAAUCUGCCACAGGUCCCGAAGUCAUCGGCUGUGGUCGAUCCGUUAUCUGUCGGAUCGACCACUUCACAGAUUACUUUGGCUGUGAUCACCUCGUUGAAUGCUCUUCCCACUUCCUUGCCAUCUACAGCAUCUACUCUUGUCUCCCUUCUGGACUCAACUGGGACCACCUUGUCAAAUUCGCUAUCGGGUUCUUUGCCAUGUACGCCAUCCACCCUCGCCUCCGUUCUAGACUCAAACCCAGUCACCGGGACGAUCUCACCAGAUUCGCGAGCUGAUUCUUUGCCAUCUACGACAUCUGCCCCUGUCUCCAUUUUAGACCCGAUGCUAGCCACAAUUGAUACUACGUGUGUUAACAGGGCGUCGACCGUUCUGCAAAUGGUUGCUUCUGCUGAAAAGGGUUCACCGUUACCUGGAAUGGACAAUGACCUGCCUCCUUCCAGUACAAAACCUGUAUCAGAUCCCCAAGCCGCAUCCAUGACUGAGCCUAGUCGAGAAAUUCCCACAAGCGACUACAUGUCCAAUCCUGCUAUAUUGUCCGAACCAAUCUCUGAUCCCAUAGUGUCCAACCUUGCAGGACCUGCUCUCUUAGCAGCAUCACUGGCGCAAAAUCCUAACGCUCUCGCUCAGACACAUUGCGAUCCCUGGAAUCCGGUCAACGAUUUCUCGACCGGACCAUCUGCUUCCAAUAUUCUCUUGGAAGUAUCAACCAAAGGGAAAGGGUCUUCCAAAAGACACGGGAUUUUGAAGAAGCGGCGCACUUCGAAGCAAGGUGGGACUGCAAUCAAACCUGUGAUGGCAAAGACGGUUGGUAUUCUUAAAGCAGACAAUACGUCGAAGGACAAACUUGCAUCGACAGUUGGUACGCCAAAGAGCGACCCACCAUCGAAGAAGAUCACCUCCGUAUCGACGGACAAUGCACCAAGGAGUGACCCUGGAUGGAAACAGGUGGUGUGUCUCAGGAAGAUAAAGCUAGUUCUUCGUGCGCCUGGUGUUGGAGCCGUGCACAAACCCACACACAAAGCUGUCAUUUCCCUGCAAUCGACGAAGGAAAACAUUCCUCCUCAUCAUUCGACAAUUUCUGGGCCUGCUCCUCCUGCUCAUUCUCAAUCCGGCGCACCUGAAAUAAUAGAUGAUGGCUCUGUUCGUCCUCAGCGUGUUCGAAAACCUCUUUCACCUCGUGAGCCGAUUACAAUCAAGGACCGUAACGAUCGAAUGGCUACAGCAAAACGCCCAGCAGAUGAUCAAACUGUCAGAGGCUCGAGUUCCAAAAAGCGGAAGGUGAAUUAA